AGGUAGGGUCACGGGAGGCUACGGUCGCUACAAUCUGUUGCGCCGCCCUCGGGAGCUGGCAGAUCCGGGUCUCGUGGCUAAGAGUGACGUGGUCUAUCGAAUCCAAACAGAGGGGAGGAGGCCGGCGGCCAGCAGCAGCGGCAGCGACAGCGGCGUCCGGAACGCUCCCGGCCGCCACCCUCCCCGCCCGCCGCUUGUUUGGGCGGGUUUAAAUAGUGGAGUAAAAUCAAGCUGGUAACCAUGGCUGAAGGAGGAUUUGAUCCCUGUGAAUGUAUUUGCUCUCAUGAACAUGCAAUGAGAAGACUCAUCAAUCUGCUCCGGCAGUCCCAGUCCUACUGCACCGACACAGAAUGCCUUCGGGAGUUGCCAGGCCCCUCCAGUGACAGUGGCAUCAGCAUCACUGUGAUCCUGAUGGCCUGGAUGGUGAUCGCCAUGCUGCUCUUCCUACUGAGGCCUCCUAACCUGAGAGGCUCCAGCCUUCCUGGAAAGCCCUCCAGUCCUCACAGUGGACAGGACCCGCCAGCCCCUCCCGUGGACUAACGUCCUGGUGUGGGAAGCAGCGAUUGUUUAACACCCUGCACGACCGAACGACUGAAGAUGACCAGGCACUAACUGUCUCAUUUUCCAUCUGCAGUUUGGAUGGUAUUGUUUUCAUGAGCUUCUAGAAAUUUCACUUGCCAACUGCCUUUUGCUUCCUGUGUUGCCACAGUCCUUAUUUACAGUAUACUGAGUAAAUGAUUCUAUUGAACAGUUGAGGGCUUUGUUGGUUAGCCUAAGCUUAAACAUUCCACUCGGCCUCCCUGGAACCCUGACCGGAAAGUCUGUGGUAGCUUCUGGCCCAGCUUAGGAAAAAUGGAGAUUUCUGCAUUUAACUAUUUUAAGUGGUUUUGAUAGAUUUUAAUUCUUUUCAUAAGGUAUUUAUUUGGGGUUGUCUGGUAUGAGUGACAGAGCCAUGCUGUAGUUACUUUACUGUGGCAGUUUAUCCGUGGGUGGCAGUUUUCUGUAUCCUUGGGACAGUGACACUUUUGAACAUCUCCUUACAACCUCCAGCUGGCUCACAUGGCUAGAAUAGGAAAAGCAAAUUGGUUGUUUACUGAUUUUUUUUUUAAAUUUCCAUUAAAAUUUUCUGAUGUUAAGAAUACUUUAAAUAAACAUGAUUGAUUAAUAUAGUGGUUGGUUUAGAAUCCGUUUCGUGUCAUUGAAAGCCACUGUAUGCUAGCCUUCCUCGGCUCCUGAGACUUGUUUUUAAGUGAGUGUCUCUUCAGCAAGCUACCCUUCCGUUCUAAUACUCCCCUGGUAAAAUGAAAUCAUCUGCAUGUGGGGCUGACAGUGUCACACCCAUGGCUUAAUUUCAUACCUUUUAUUUUUUAAUUAAAAAAAAUGAGUCUUGUUGCCCUUCUGACUUAUGAGGAGAAAAGCCUUUAAUCUGAGGUCUCGGUUUAUUCCAAGGGAAAGAAGGAAAAUGACCAAUGAGAAUAUUUUUGUCACCUCUCAGCUCAGUUCUGUUUAAUAGUGGAAUACAGAUGCAUCGGAGUUGGAAGGAGCAUUGGUAACUGAGAUUUCAAAAUGUGUUUAGCCAGUCAGGGUUCAAAAGCAGUGAAUACAGACUGCAUCAAACAGGCCCGAUGGCCUGGACUCCUUCCUCCUAGGAAUCACUGCAGGGGAUUUGUCUGGGCCAAAACAUAUUUUGUUAUCAAGACUCCUUGGUCAGUCUAGGCUGUCACUAAAUAAACAUCUGCCACACUGCACCACUGGCCACCCUGUGACCCAUUUGUGUGACAUUCUGCUUAUUUCCUCCAAGCAAUGGUUAUCAAGAGCUGGCCCGUACACAUUGUUAAGGGCAUCUCUUUGUCCUGAUUGGUACUCCUGGCUACUUGCAGUCUUCCUGGCUCACUUGGCUUUGUGCUCAACACUUAAAAAAUAAUAUAACCACUUCUUAGCUACUUGUGUUUAUAAGGAGUGACUUAACCAGGUAAGUUAAAUUCUGAACAAAUGAAUAACACAGGGUAAAAGAUUUCUCUCUUGCUGGGCCACCCAGAAGUUUUACCUGCUUCAUAGCCAGUAGCCAGUUUAACACAAAAGCCAGAUAUGGUAGCAGUCUUGAAACCAGACUAGGCUACAUAGUGAAAUUUCAGGUCAGGUUGGACUGCAUGGGAAGAUCUUGGCUCACAAAAAGAAAAAAAAAUGGGGUGAAAUGGGGUGAGGGACUUAACCUGAGCUAAACUGGAAUGGCCUCAGGUGGAUCUAAAGCUGUAAUGUCUCUUCUCCCCUCAGCCUCUGAGGCUGCACAUAUCCCAACAGUGCUUUCUAACCUGCUGAGGGCUUCACAAAGUCUGUCUCACAAAUAGUUAAGACUUCACCUUGGAUUAAAAUAAAAAUGUCGAAGGGUGGAGAGAAGGCUAAGCAAUUAAGAGCACUGGCUGCUCUUCCAGAGGACCCAGGCUUAAUUCCCAGCAACCACAUGGCAGCUCACAACUGUCUGUAACUCCACCCUCACAUAGGCAUAUAGGCAGGCAAAAUACCGAUGAACAUAAAAUAAGAAUAAAUAAAUUAUUUUUUUAAUGGAGACAAUGUGGAUACAGAACAUCUAGUAUUAGAGACCUGGAAAAGUAGAUUCUUAUUCCAGGGAUUCAUUUCUACCACACACACUUACAUCUAAAUAUCAUCGUAGCUCUUUCCUGUGUAAACCCUCUAGUAAGUUAGCAACACAGCCUCGAUUUUUUAACCCGGUAAAGAUUUUACUUUCUGACAUAGAAAUGGCUUAGUUAUGUGUUCAUCAAAUGUACAUAUGAUCACAUUUGUACAGAAAAUCUGAUCCAGACAAUUUUUUUUUUUGAGACAGGGAUUCUCUUUGUAGCUCUGGCCUCAAGCGCAGAGAUCCACCUGCUUCUGCCUCUCCUGCUGGGAUUAAAGGCAUGUGCCACCACCACCUGGCCUGAUCCAGGCCUUUCAAUGCCUGUUAACAGCUGAAUUUCUUUGAGAAGUACUUGGCCUUGGGUUUUUACCUUUAGUCUUUGCUAUUUUUGUUUUCUUUGGUAAUUUUUUUCUAUAUUCCUAAAGUGAUAAUAUCUUGCAUAGAAUAUUAUUAUUAACCCAACUAAUAAUUUGUUAUUCUCUUUAUUGAGUUUCUGCAUGUGGCCCUUUAAUCUAGCAUAUUUGUACACCAUUAUUUGGCUUGCAAAGAUUCACUUGAUCUGUAGCUACAAUUCUCUUAGAAUAAAGUUAAAGAGCAAGCAUACAGUCUUGACUUGGGCCAUCCAUGCCACCUAGAGAGUUCACUUGAGAGUCCCUUCAUACCGUUUCAUACAAAAUCUAGUAGUUUUGUUUUUCUGUUUUCCACGUGGGACAGCUUAACGCUGGGUCUGUUUUUAUAGCAGAGAUUUGAUCAUGUAUCUAGACACUAUCCCAUGCUUAAGAAGUCAGCGUUUCCCGAUGUACAGAGGUUCUCCAGAGUCACUAUUGAGCAUCACCGUCCCAUGGUUCCAUUUCAUGUCUGUGAUAGUAUUUGUGGAAUUACUAAUAUCAGACUUUUAAAGGAAUUGUGGAAGUCUGUCAUUCUAAAUAAAAGUUUGUCUCUCUCUCAGUGAUUUUUUUUCUUAAGUUUGACCAGCUUACUUUAAAACACAAAGCAGCAACUUGAAGAAGGAGAAUGACAAAUGGUUUAAAUUUUGUCUUUGCAAUAGAAAAUAGAGAUAGUCUUAUAUUUCUCAGUGAAGAAUCCUGUGUAUCAUUACAUGUCCAAUGAUUAUUUUGUCAAAGGCAAAGGGAUCAUGUGAUGUACUAAAUGUAAUUUGCUGUUUCUCAGUGUUUAAAUCAUGCCAAACAAAUCAGCCCGUGCCAUCUAGCCUUUGGUGUUAAUCUUUUACUGAGUACUUGGAUGGGGUUAAGGGCUUGUACUAUGCACUUUUUAUUAAUGAAUAAAUAGAAAAAUGUUAGUAA